AUGGAAGAAAAGUUAAAUGAAAUGGAACAAGCUGGUAUCAUCACAAGGACAUCAACGCCUUACAGUAGUCCAUUGACAUUCACUCUUAAAAAAGACGGCUCAAUUAGAGUUCUGCUUGAUGCCAGAAGCAUAAAUAAGGAAAUGGUUGCAGAAACAGAGAAACCACCUAUACAAUUAGAUGUUUUGAAUUCAUUUCACGGAGCGAAUUAUAUCACUACCAUUGACUUCAAUAAUGCAUAUUUUCAAAUUCCGAUAAAUAAAGAUGGUAGAAAAUAUACUGGAUUCACAUUCAAUGGAAAGUCAUAUGUAUAUAAUGUUUUGCCGCAAGGAUUAAAAACAUCAGUAGGAAGCUUUAGCAGAGCCAUGAAUUUAAUAUUAGGACCAGAAGUCCAAGAAUUUUGUGUGAACUAUUUAGAUGAUCUAGCCAUUAUUACAACAGGAACGUUAGAUAAACAUUUGGAGCACAUUGAUAUUGUUUUAAGUAAAUUGAACAAAGCUGGCUUAACGUGUAACUUGCAGAAAUGUGAAUUUAUUUGUAAAGAAAUUAAAAUGCUGGGUUUUAUAAUUUCAACAGAAGGCAUAAAGACAGAUCCCGAUAAGAUUCGAGCGAUCCAAGAGUUUCCAGCACCUAAAAAGAUUAAACAAUUAAGGGCCUUUUUAGAUCUAUGCAAUUUUUAUAGAAGGUUUAUACCAAAUUACAGCGAGAGCAUAAUACCGCUCUGUGAAUUACUUAAAAAGGGACGAAAGUUCAAAUGGAGCGGUAAAGAACAGAAGGCAUUUGAUUUUAUAAAACAACAAUUAAUUAAUACAAUACAAUUGCAUCAUCCAGACUUUAAUAAGCCGUAUUAUUUACAAGCAGAUUGUUCCGGUGUGGGUAUGGCCGGAGUACUAUAUCAGAUAGAUGAUAAUAAUGAAAUGAGAAUUUUAGGCUAUCAUAGUAAAGCCUUAAAAGGCCCCGAAUUAAAUUGGUCUGUUACUGAACAAGAGUUUUAUGCUGUAAUAAGCUGCCUAAAGAAAUUUAAAACAUAUUUGCGGGGCAGUAAAGUAAUAAUACUAACUGAUCAUAAAGCAUUAUUGUUUCUUAAUAAUAUGAAGUUAUUCAAUGGUAGAGUAACCCGAUGGAUUUUGUAUAUAGAACAAUUUAAUUAUGAAGUACAGCAUAUAUCGGGUAGACGUAAUAUUGUUGCAGAUGUGCUAUCACGUUAUCCUCCUGAUGGCGAUUUAAUACAAGAGGAUAAAAAUAAUAGUUUAGAAAUUGCUUACACAGAGAGCGAACCGAAUAUUGAGUUGAUAGAAAAAUUAAAAUCCUUAACAGUAUAUCAAUUACAAGAUUCAGAGUCGUUGGCUAUUAUUGAAAAGUUAAAGACAUUAAAUACUUCCAUAAUAAAACAAAACAAUAAAUUUAAAAGAUAUAGUUUGAAAAAUGAUGUAUUAUAUUACAAAACGAAUUUACAAGAAGUAAUAUAUUUACCUAAAGCAUUGAGACAAGAUAUUAUAAAUCAAGUACAUGUCGAAAUGGGUCAUCAAGGACCCUAUAAGGUAAUUAAAUAUGUGAGAGACAGAUUCUUUUGGAAAGGUUUAACAAAAGAUAUUAAAAACAAUUUUUAUAGAAGGUUUAUACCAAAUUACAGCGAGAGCAUAAUACCGCUCUGUGAAUUACUUAAAAAGGGACGAAAGUUCAAAUGGAGCGGUAAAGAACAGAAGGCAUUUGAUUUUAUAAAACAACAAUUUAUUAAUACAAUACAAUUGCAUCAUCCAGACUUUAAUAAGCCGUAUUAUUUACAAGCAGAUUGUUCCGGUGUGGGUAUGGCCGGAGUACUAUAUCAGAUAGAUGAUAAUAAUGAAAUGAGAAUUUUAGGCUAUCAUAGUAAAGCCUUAAAAGGCCCCGAAUUAAAUUGGUCUGUUACUGAACAAGAGUUUUAUGCUGUAAUAAGCUGCCUAAAGAAAUUUAAAACAUAUUUGCGGGGCAGUAAAGUAAUAAUACUAACUGAUCAUAAAGCAUUAUUGUUUCUUAAUAAUAUGAAGUUAUUCAAUGGUAGAGUAACCCGAUGGAUUUUGUAUAUAGAACAAUUUAAUUAUGAAGUACAGCAUAUAUCGGGUAGACGUAAUAUUGUUGCAGAUGUGCUAUCACGUUAUCCUCCUGAUGGCGAUUUAAUACAAGAGGAUAAAAAUAAUAGUUUAGAAAUUGCUUACACAGAGAGCGAACCGAAUAUUGAGUUGAUAGAAAACUUAAAAUCCUUAACAGUAUAUCAAUUACAAGAUUCAGAGUCGUUGGCUAUUAUUAAAAAGUUAAAGACAUUAAAUACUUCCAUAAUAAAACAAAACAAUAAAUUUAAAAGAUAUAGUUUGAAAAAUGAUGUAUUAUAUUACAAAACGAAUUUACAAGAAGUAAUAUAUUUACCUAAAGCAUUGAGACAAGAUAUUAUAAAUCAAGUACAUGUCGAAAUGGGUCAUCAAGGACCCUAUAAGGUAAUUAAAUAUGUGAGAGACAAAUUCUUUUGGAAAGGUUUAACAAAAGAUAUUAAAAACCAAUUAAGGGCUUGUCAUUUAUGUCAGUUAUCUAAGAAAAGCAAUAUAACAUAUGUGGGUCCCUGCAAAUCUAUAAUAACAGAAAACAUUGGCGAUAUAGUCAUGGCAGACUUAUAUGGACCACUUGUAUCAGGUACCUUUGGGUACACCUUCAUAUUUGUCAUUCAAGAUUCAUUCAGUAAAUUUAUCAAAUUAUAUCCUUUAAAACAGUCAACAGCAAAGUCUCUUGUAACAAAAGUAAAGCAUUUUGUUGAGAUUAUAAAGCCCAAGGCAAUAAUGACAGAUAAUGGAAAACAGUUCGUAAGUAAUCACUGGAAACAAUCAAUGAGUGAAUUAAAUAUAAAGCCAAUAUAUACCACAGUUAGAAAUCCUAGACCAAAUACAACAGAGCGAGUAAAUAAAGAGUUGAGCAGAUUAUUUAGGACGCUUUGUCAUACUAACCACAAAGAUUGGGCGUUAAUAUUGCCGAAAUUAGAAGAAUUGUAUAAUAAUUCUUAUCACAAUAGUACAGGCUUCACGCCUUGUGAGAUUCUAUAA